AUGGAGACUUCUCCUAGCCCACAAACCGAAAAAGGUGUUAAUUUUGCAAUUUUGUUCAGUUUAACUCUAUACAUCAACAGCAAGUUGUACAGUAACAACAGUUGGUUAGCAGUAAGAAACAGUUUCAGCAGUAAGAACACUGCAUUAUUUGGUCACUCAAUUAACAGAUACCUACCCCACUGGCAACUCAAGCAUUUCGUCUUCUGCACAAUUAUUAGGAUAAUCUCAGCCAACCAGAACUAG